AUGGAGAAUCAUACCAUUCCUCAGUUGAACGCGUUGAUAUUGAGUUUAGAAGAGGAACUAUCACAUCUGGAGGAACCCAUGUCAUCUCUAACGAUUGCAUUGGAAAAGAUUUUGGUAUGUCAAAAGUCUUUGGAGGAUUUUGGUUCGGAUCAUACCGAGAUAAUGGCUCCACUAACAUCACUAGUCUAUUCUAAAGGCACUCUUGUGAAUCCUAAUUUUGUUUUGGUAGAUAUUGGCACCGGAUAUCACAUACUAAAGACCAUCCCCCAAGCUUCAGAUUAUUACUCCAGAAAGGCCUCUUUUGUGGAAAACCAAAUUUCAUUACUUCAUUCCGAAAUCAACGCCAAAAAGAAGUAUCUAUCAAAUGUCUACUCUCAUCUCGAUCGAAAACUCAACUGUAUUAAGACAGAAAAGAAUUAA